UGCGUCAAAAUAAAUAUUGAAUUGAAUCAAUUGUACUGUUUUAAAUGUUUCUUUUUUAUAUUUUUAAUGUUGCAUUAAGUUAUGAAAACUAAGGUGCUAAAAUAAGUUUUAGUGUUCGGUUCGAAGUCUUAAUUAUAAAAAUGUCUAUCGAUAAUUAUAGCUUCAUAAGUGAUAUAUCACCGAUGUUUCGACCAUAUAUUCAAAAUAUUUUUCAUGAUUUAAAACUAGGUCUGUGUAAAACUAAAGUGGACUUAGAAAGAAUUGGUAGUACUUCUAUUGGUUCUGAAACUCAGUUUCGGUUAGUACUACCCUAUUGUUCAAAAAAAUUAAAGUGGGAUAUAAUAUUUGACCCAUCGGUACCUUGGUUUGCACCGGAUUUCCGAUUUGAUGAUGAUACUUUCUUGAGCAAUGCUGAUGAAGAAUUUUUAGCAAAUGGUGUCCCAAGUCUUACAAAAUGGAAUGCCAAUGAUCCAAAAUCCCUUAGUGAUGUAAUCUCAGAACUGAUUAAUAUGUAUAAAAUAUACCAGGUAAAAAAAUUAAAUGAAGAUGAAAGUUCUCGUGCUUCAUUUGAAUAUAGUGCAUUGCUAGGUAAUGCUCUAACAACCGAGCAAGAUGUUGAAGUUUGGGUGGGAGGUCAUGUUGUGGAAUUUUUAAUUAAACUCAAAAUAAAUACUUCCAGAUUACCAGAGCUGUACAAUGACGGGAUAGAUCGAAAUCCAGGAAUUGAUACAGCUCUUCUUCUUGUUCGUUACCCUAACUCCACCAAUGCAGAAUUGAUUCUAUCACCAUUUCUUACAAAAGUAUUAGGAAACAUAUCCUUACCUAUGAUGCACCAAUCAGGAGUUCUAAUGGAUUAUGUUCCCAUGGUAACGGACAUCUUAAACAACAAGAUUCAAGACCUUCUUAAUAAUGACAAACUGAAACGUGAAUUAUUAGCUCAACUUAUUGUCAAAUAUGAGGGAGCAAUAUUAGAGCAUGAUGCGAGUAGUGCAGCACUGUUAUUUGAAAUGAAUGAUUUUCAUUGGAUUCUACAAAUAGAUAUAGGUAUCAAUUUUCCAGAAAAACCUCCAAUUCUGACCCUUCGUUCUGUUUAUCAUUGUUCUAAAGGAAAGCCCAAAUUCAAAAUACUUCCAAGCUGUCCAUACAAUAAUUUUGAAGGAUACAUUGAACAACAAGCAGAAAUAUUUAAAAAUGAAUGUAAAGGAGUUAUUCAGAUCCACCAGACUUUAAAUCUUGAAUAAGAAGUGUAUGUGUAUAAAUUUUAAAGAUUUUCUACUUCUUAAUUUUUUUAAUUAAAAGUUAACAUACAAAUAGUUAUUGUUAUUAAUAAAUGUCUUAAGGUGAGCAUUUGUCUGCAAAUAUAGAUUCUUUAUCUUUAUAGUUGAACAAUGUUUUAAAAUAUUUACUUAAGUUUAAAUGCCUGUUCACAUUAUUAAAUACCAAAUGUAAAAAUAAUUGUUCUAUAAUAAAAUUAUUAAAAAUAAUUCUAACUAA